UAUAUUUAUAUACUAACAUUAUAUUAUACUUAUUUGUCAAAUUUGAUGAGGAAAUAGCAUUACUAAUCAAAUCGAAAUUUUUACACAUAAUAAGUAUAAUAAAUAUUCGUGCAAAAAUCAUUACAAAUCACAUUUUUCAUUGUUUUCUUCUUUGAAAUUAGUUUGUGGACCAAAAUUCGGGUAUUUGCGACCAAAACAUUCUUAAGGAUCAUAUUUCUUAUUCGAUCUAUCAUUUCAGUUUAACACACUUGGUGCUAUCUCUUAUGCAUAAAUUCAUAUUACUGUACCGACGUCCGCUAAAGAUAUUCACCUCUCAUUAGAAAUGUGCAUAAUUAACGGAGCGGAUUACUGACGAAUAAUAUAACAAAUCGAUAAGCUCUCUUACUCUGCGCAAUCCUCGACGAGUAGGGUCAAGAUAAAAUUAGUAUUCUUUCAUAAAUCUUCUCUUAGAGAAACUCUUAAAGAAUAAAUUUAUUUUGCUCCAGGUAUAUUCCACGGGAACAGAUACUUUCUGUCAUGCCACUUGCCUGAAAUGCUCGACUAACUGCAGCUGCUUUCCUUUUAGUGAACACAUUCGACACGAGCAUCAUACUAUCCUUUUCUGGUAUUCAAUAAGUAACGAAGGUAGAACGACGUGUCGACUGUGUUCAUUAAAAGGAAAGCAGCCUAUGUUUUGUAGCUCGUGCUCGUUACUUCAAUUAGAAAGCAUCAGGAUCACUCUCCUCUCCGCAAGCUCCAUUGCGUCAAAGCAAUCUUUAUCAUUAGACCUCUUCAUAGAUGUUCAUUAGACGUUAUGUGAAUCAUUGAUAAAGGGUUCGUGGAGCCUUAGUGGAUGACAAACCGACGUCACAUGGAUAGUUAAUAGAGGAUUUAUGAAGCCUCUAUUGAUGGUGUUGGAUUAUUAAUAGAGGGUUCAAAUAACUUCCAGUGGACGUCCAUUUGAUCUUCAAUGGAUGUCUGCUAGUAUGUCAUUAUAAAGCAAAAAUUUUUUUGUUUCAGAUUAUUUUUUGUUAUAGCACAUUUUAAUAAAUUUACGACACAUUUUUAAUAAUUAAUCCUUAUUUAUUACAUUUUUAUUAUAUUGUUUACUUGCUUUGCCAGCUGUCUUACUACUUAUAAGUUUUGAACCUGGAAUUUCAGGAUCAUAAGUCUUGUGCCUUAUUCGCUGCGCUUUGGUUUACUAGUAUUAUACUGGAUAGACAAAAAUUGACGUCCACUGGAUGUCAAUUUCUAUGUGAAAGGAGUAUGUGUAAAUAUAUACAUUUUACAAUAUCUUAUUUUUUUCCAUAGUUAAAAGUUCAAAAGUCUAGACGGUUUUUGUGUAAAAACUGUUCUUCUGGCAGUUUGUGAUCUAUCUUCUAAUUGAAGUAAGUCAGCAUUUACUUUUGCAGGUCUUUCCAACAAUUUCUCUUAACAAAAUGUAGUUUUGUAACAAAAUACUAUGUAUAUUUUAAACAAAAUCAAUUUUUUUUUAUUUAUUUUUGGUGGUGGCUCGUAUUGACCUGUUUCUCUUUAUUACGCAGUGUAGUCGCAUUUUUUUUCUUUUUUUAUAAAUCACGUCCUAAGUAAUAAAUAUUUCUCCCGAUAGCAAAAUGCGCGCAAAGUGGCAGCAAAUUCAAUCGGAUGACAACAGAUCCAUAGCCGUGUCCGCAUUAAGCUCAGGAUUUGUCAGCAAAACCUGCUGACAUGUUAUGAUUGGCGAUAGAAACUGAGCAGGACCUGCCGACAUAACUUCCCAAGGAGCACAGUCUAGUGGCACAGUUAUAGAAAUGUUUAUACAACUUUCUUUAAAACUUUGUAACUUUUCUUAUAAUUGUACUGCAACUCAAAAGUGCAAAUAGUAAGGUCGAUAAAACGUUUAUAUAAAACGGCUAACACAUAAUAAGUGUCAUACAGACGUUACAAAAUCUUAAAAUAAAUAUAAUCACUUAAUUUUUAUGUAUAAUUUUUAUAGCCGUGUAAGCAUUAUAAAAACUACAAAUAGUUAUAUAAUCGACAUUAACAUUUUAGUCAUAUAAUUUUUCAAUAUGUAAAAUGUACGAACGUUUUAUGGAGUUGUAAAAACUUUCUUGUAAUUUUGUGCUCCUUGGGUCGACAACAAAUCGAGAGCAGAAAUCGAGCAGACCCUGCGAACAUUACCUGAUGACAGAUUUGCAGCAGAAAUCGAACAGAGCUUGCAAACAUAAUUUGAUGACACAUUGGCAGCAGAAAUCGCGCACUGCGUGCUAUUACGUAGCCAUUUGAAUGCCCAUUUAAAUCGUGCACGGACCUCUAUAGGUUUGUUCGCGUCUCAUGCUCCAACACACUCCAAUUCACUUUAAUGCGCUCCAAUACGUUCAAGGCAAAUGUAUUGUAAUGUAAAUAUUUAAUUAAUAUAAAAUAAAUAUUGUUUUUACGAAAAAUAAACAUUCAGAAGAAACAUUAAAAAGGUAUUAUCUUCUCAAUGGGAUUCAACAUGAAAAAUGCUGAAUAAAGAUAUUUUCAAAUUUCAACAUAAUUUGUAUUGUAAUAAAAAUCUUACAGGUAUUCCAGCUCAGCGAAAUGAACUCCCUGGGAGAUUAUUUUACCGAAUUUUUGAAAGAUCACUCCAGGGACCGAACGCUUCUUUGGUCAAUAAUGCCUUCUCCACGAAUUCCAAAUUAAAACCACCCGGAAAGUAGACGGACACCCCCAGUUCUUCGUUGAAAAAUUCAAGGAAUUCCGUUAUCAAGGCGAAGUCCCCGAACUUUUCAUUUGGUUGGCAGCGCAAGAGGCGGCACAAAAGGACCCUGGAUACGCGAGCCGCAUUACGGGAGAAGGUCGAGAUUGGCCGGAUUGAGGAGUGGCCUCGGUGACUAAACCAGUUUCGAAGAGGAGGUACUUGGUUUGGUGGACAUGGCGCCAGGCCGGGAUAAGGGUAAAAAGGGAAAAAAGGGUGAUAAGGGAGUCGACAAAGACACCAAAGCAUUAUUUAUCCUCUCAGAGGAUAAUUGCAUACGGAGGUACACGCGCUUCAUCAUCGAGUGGCCACCUUUCGAAUAUACCAUUUUGCUCACUAUCAUCGCCAAUUGCGUGGUCCUCGCCCUCGACGAGCACCUGCCGAAGCAGGACAAGACCGUACUCGCACUGAAGCUCGAGGAUACCGAGUUCUACUUCCUCGGGAUCUUCUGCGUCGAGGCGAGUCUCAAGAUCCUCACCCUCGGCUUCAUUCUUCACCGCGGUGCCUACCUGCGCAACAUCUGGAACAUCAUGGACUUCUUCGUCGUAGUGAUCGGGGUCAUCACGGCGCUCUCGGAUUACAUCCCGGAUUACACCCCGAAUAUGGAUCUGCGCACGUUGCGUGCGAUACGCGUGUUGCGACCGCUCAAACUUGUCUCCGGCAUACCGAGUCUUCAGGUGGUACUCAUGUCUAUCAUCAAGGCGAUGGCACCGCUUCUGCAGAUCGGCUUGCUGGUACUCUUUGCCAUAGUAAUAUUCGCCAUCAUUGGCCUCGAGUUUUAUUCAGGAGUCCUGCAUAAAGCGUGUUACAUGAUAGAAGACACCAGUGUGAUCGAAAAGGAGGGCGAGCUGGCGAGACCUUGUACCUUCGGCAUGAAAAAUAAUACCUUAGGCGAGGCUCAUACGUGCACUCCGAACAAAUCGAUAUGCAUGGAUCACUGGGAGGGACCAAACUCGGGCAUCACCAGCUUCGAUAAUAUCGGAUUAGCCAUGCUCACCGUUUUCCAAUGUAUCACUAUGGAGGGCUGGACUGCCAUAUUGUACUGGAUGAAUGACGCUCUUGGCAGUGCAUUUAACUGGAUGUACUUUAUACCAUUGAUCAUUAUCGGGUCAUUCUUCAUGCUGAACUUAGUUCUCGGUGUCUUGAGCGGAGAGUUUGCGAGGGAGAAAGAGAAGGUGGAGAACCGGCAGACCUUCCUAAAGUUACGAAGGCAGCAACAGCUUGAACGCGAACUGAAUUGUUACCUCAAUUGGAUAUGCAAAGCAGAGGAGAUGAUUCUCACCGAAGAGAGAACUACAGAAGAGGAAAAAAUGCACAUAUUAAAAGUAAGAAAAAAAGCAGCGGCAAAAAAGAAAAAACUAAAGGAUCUCGGCAAGAGCAAGAGUACCGAUACCGAAGAGGAAGAAGGCGAGGACAGCCAAGACGAUGGGUCCUCAAGAUUCUUUUCCUUCAAGUCAAGGUUGAAGAAGAAGGGCACGUGCCUACAGUUCUGGCGAGUCGAAAAAAGAUUCAGGUUUUGGAUACGUAGUGUCGUCAAGUCGCAGGCGUUUUAUUGGUUUGUCAUCAUUCUUGUGUUCUUUAACACCGCCUUCGCGGCCGUUGAGCAUCACGGCCAACCAAUAUGGCUCGACAAUUUCCUCAGCUACGGAGAUUAUGUGUUCCUAGCUCUCUUCAUACUGGAGAUGUUCAUAAAAAUCUACGCGAUCAGUCCUCGCACGUACUUUGAAUCAAGCUUUAAUCGCUUUGAUUGCAUCGUCAUCUCAGCCUCGAUCUUCGAGGAGAUCUGGUCCUACUUUUACGAUGAAUCUUUCGGCCUCUCCGUCCUACGUGCUCUUAGACUUUUAAGAAUUUUUAAAGUCACCAAAUACUGGAAGAGUCUGAGGAACCUCGUGAUAUCGCUGCUAAGCUCGAUGCGCAGCAUCAUUUCCCUUCUCUUCUUGCUCUUCCUCUUCAUCCUCAUAUUCGCGCUGCUCGGUAUGCAGCUAUUCGGCGGCCAGUUCAAUUUCGAGGGGGGCACGCCAGCCACUAAUUUCAACACCUUCCCCAUCGCGCUAAUCACUGUUUUCCAAAUCCUGACUGGAGAAGACUGGAACGAAGUCAUGUACAAGGGUAUCGAAUCGCAGGGCAUAAUCUAUUCGCUCUACUUCAUUAUACUCACGCUUUUCGGUAACUACACCCUGCUGAACGUCUUCUUGGCUAUCGCCGUCGACAAUCUCGCGAAUGCGCAAGAGUUGAGCGCCGCCGAGGAGGAACAGCAGGAGGAGGACAGGGAGAAGCAGUUGCAGGAGCUCGAGAAGGAGAUCGAGUCGCUGCAGGCGCCCGGUGGCGCGCCGAAGGAUGAAACCAGUUCAAAUCUAGAUGAAACCCAGACAUCCGAAGAGAAGAGGAAGGAUGAAGACGAUACGGGACCAAAACCAAUGCUGCCAUACUCCUCCAUGUUUAUACUGUCCUCUACAAAUCCCAUAAGAAGAGCCGCCCAUUGGGUCGUAAACCUUCGGUACUUCGACUUCUUCAUAAUGGUGGUGAUAACGUUGUCGAGCAUCGCGUUGGCCGCCGAGGAUCCCGUUGACGAGAAUGCGGAUAGAAACAAGAUCCUCGACAGCCUCGAUCACGUGUUUACUGGUGUCUUCACCGUCGAGAUGGUGCUGAAGAUUAUCGACCUUGGCAUCAUACUGCACCCGGGCUCGUAUUUGCGCGAGUUUUGGAACGUUAUGGACGCGGUCGUAGUGAUAUGCGCCCUAGUGUCAUUUGCCAUGUCCGGCACCGCAGCUGGCGACAAUCUCUCGACUAUGAAGUCACUGCGAGUGCUGCGAGUGCUCAGGCCUCUUAAAACAAUAAAGCGUGUGCCGAAGCUUAAGGCGGUGUUCGAUUGCGUGGUGAACAGUCUCAAAAAUGUCAUUAACAUUUUGGUAGUGUACUUACUAUUUCAAUUCAUAUUCGCUGUGAUCGGAGUGCAACUGUUCAGCGGCAAGUUCUGCUACUGCACCGACGAGAGCAAGUAUACGGAUAACGAUUGCAAGGGUAAUUACAUGAUUUUCGACAAGGAUAAACUGUUACCAAAGUUCGAAAAACGGGAAUGGAAACAGCAAGACUUUCAUUACGACAACGUGUUGAUGGCCAUGCUGACGCUGUUCGCCGUCCAAACCGGCGAAGGCUGGCCGCUGAUCCUGCAGAACUCAAUGGCAGCCACGACCAGGAAUCAUGGCCCCAUCCGGAACUUUCGUAUCGAAACGUCCAUUUUCUACAUCGUCUACUUCAUCGUAUUCCCAUUCUUCUUCGUCAAUAUCUUCGUGGCCUUGAUCAUCAUCACGUUUCAGGACCAAGGAGAAGCUGAACUACAGGAUGGUGGAAUUGAUAAGAAUCAGAAAUCAUGUAUCGACUUUACGAUACAAGCUCGUCCGCUUGAGAGGUAUAUACCGAAGAAACGAAAUACCGUAAAAUAUAGAAUUUGGAACAUAGUCGUAUCUCCGAUAUUCGAAUAUUUUAUCAUGCUACUCAUCGUAUUGAACACAUUAUUGCUUAUGAUGAAGUACCAUGGACAAAGCGAUCCGUACAAGAAAACACUGAACUACCUAAACAUCGGCUUCACGGGGCUGUUCUCUGUCGAGUGCAUACUGAAGAUCGCAGCAUUUGGCGUGAAGAACUACUACAAGGACGCUUGGAACACCUUCGAUUUCAUCACGGUGAUCGGCAGCAUCAUAGACGCUCUCGCAAAUGCAUACGAUUUGAAAAGCGUCAACGUCAGCUUUCUGAAGCUCUGUCGCGCCGCCAGGCUGAUUAAACUACUCAGACAGGGAGACAGCAUACGAAUUUUACUUUGGACCUUCGUACAGUCCUUCAAAGCCCUGCCUUACGUUUGUCUUCUCAUAGCAAUGCUGUUUUUCAUCUACGCUAUCAUCGGUAUGCAGGUCUUUGGCAAUAUAAAGAACGAUCCGGAAACAUCGAUCGAUGAGCACAACAACUUUCAGACCUUCAUCAACAGUCUUAUGUUGCUUUUUCGGUGUGCUACGGGUGAGAGCUGGCCGAGCAUCAUGCUGGCCUGCGUAAACCGUACCUGUGACCCGAGAGCCGAGAAAGAAGAGGAAAAAUGCGGCUCUGAAAUCGCCUACGCCUAUUUCGUGUCGUUCAUCUUCUUGUGCUCGUUCCUCAUGCUAAAUCUCUUCGUCGCCGUCAUUAUGGACAACUUCGAUUACCUCACGCGGGACUCGUCGAUCCUGGGCGCGCACCAUCUCGACGAGUUCGUGCGGAUCUGGGCCGAGUACGAUCCGAGUGCCAUCGGAAAGAUCCAUUACACGGAGAUGUUCGACAUGCUGAAGAAUAUAAACCCACCGUUGGGGUUUGGUAAACAGUGUCCGAAUUGGCUCGCGUACAAGAAGCUCAUUAGGAUGAAUAUGCCGAUGGACGAUGACGGAAGAGUAAACUUCACUACGACGCUGUUCGCCCUCAUUCGCGAGAAUCUCAGCAUAAAAAUGCGACGCGCCGAUGAAAUGAAUCAAGCCAAUAACGAACUGCGGGACACAAUCAGAAAUAUCUGGCCUUUACAAGCAGGAAAAAUGGUGGAUCUUUUGGUACCUAGGAACGAAGAUUUGGGCAAAGGCAAGCUCACCGUAGGUAAGUUAUACGUCUGCCUUCUGCUACUUGAAAGUUGGAGGGCGACAAAGUUUGCUCAGCUAAAGUUACUCAAUAAACAGGAGCUACAAGAUGCCAUACUGUCCGACUCACGUGCCGGUAGUCUUGAGAGUCUCGCACAUCCUGCUGACGAAAGACUUCGUCCACAUCAUCUCUCGGUGCCUUCUAGACGUUCACGAUCGCCAAGUAUAAGAAGACAGUCGCCAAUAAUGCCUAGAUCUCCAUCGCCAAGGCGGCACAGUCGAUACGACCAUUACCAUCAUGAUCAUUACCACGAAGGACCAGGGUUUAGCGACACCGUUAUCAACGUCGUCGAGAUGCAGAAGCACACUCAUCCUCCCCACGCGUCACAAUAUCAUCGACAUAGGAUACAAGACUAUUACGACUACUACGAUCAUUACAACGAUGGAGGUCCAUGGAGCGCCUUAACAAGUCCGGUCAGAUCACCGAGCUCGGUUCACGGGAUCGAGCGCAGCGGUAGUUACGGCACGACAAAUCUGGAGGAGCGUUCGAGGAGCCCGAGCCCAAUAGGCGACGGUCGUUCACAUCGUCACCAUCGUCAUCGUCCGCCUCAACACAUUGAACGCAGUAGCCGUUACGGCACGACGAAUUUAGAGCAGCGUUCAAAGAGCCCGAGCCCGAUAGACGGUGAUCAUCUGCAUCAAUACCCUCGCUAUCAUCCGCCUCUACACAUCGAGCGCAGUGGCCGUUACAGCACAACGAAUUUGGAGCAGCGUUCGAGGAGUCCGAGCCCAACUGGCAGCGGUCGUCCGUAUCAUCACCGUCGCCGUCAUCUGCAUCAACACAGCUACCCGGUGCUGGUCACGAGGAGAGGCCAGGGUCGCCGGUUGCCGCCGACGCCGGACAAACCGUCGACCCUGCAACUGAAACUGGCCAAUAUCAAUUUCCCCAAGCUGAACGCCUCGCCUACCCAUGGAUCGCACGGCAUGACGCCGAGUGAACCAGCUUACAUGGGAUCUGGGCGUGUGCUGCAGCAUCCGCAUCUGCCGUUGCACAUGCCUUUAUCUAGCAUGCAGCCGAAUCAUCCAUUGAGUUUCGAGCAGGCUCUCGCGAUAGGCCGCAGCGGUCGUAUGAUGUCCAACCCGGUGCUCAAUGGUUACAAGCCACAACCGCAGUCCAAACAGAGAGCGCCCAGUUCGUGGCACUCGGACAGUGACGAGGACGAUUGGUGCUAGCCAAAGUGGGAUCCUGGACGGUGGCGUGAACGCUCCCAGGCGUCUCAGGAUUUACGCGUGAUAAUCAUUCACGUGGGACGCGCGUUGAUUUCAAUGUGAAGAUAACGGAAGUGCCCCGGUUGGCGAGCCUAAUAUUCUUGAAGGUUUCCUCCAACGCGAAGAACGAUUUUAUGAAGGAGUCGUUUCAAUCACGACAUUGCGAUGACCGAAGAAGGUCUAAGAAAAUCGAACCGGAAAAACGAUUCCAGGUGGAUAAUAUUUGGAGCGAUCUCCGAUGGCUGAACACGGCGACCGGAAUAAGAUCAGCGAAUACACCAGAGAAGUCGAUUUCUCGCAAACGCAAAAGAGAAAUCGGCUGAGCUAUCAUUCGUAUGUCGAUGUCGCACGAAUCCGCGAACGAGGAGGAACGCGACUCACGCGGUUCUACGAAUCGAUCCAAGUGCAAUCAAACGAACGAGCUUGGCGAAUCUCGGAGAUUCAAUCUUGAGACCUGAGUCAGAUGAAUGGAGAACGAUCGCUCUCAGAGCGAGAUUAAAUAAUUGUACGGACGUUCCGGGAAAGAGCUCGAGAACCCUCCGAUUAAUAUCGGGAGUAUAAUUACGCGAGUUAAUAUUUCAAUCUUACCUCGGUCCGAUCGAGCGAAGAUCGUCUCGAGGAAAAACUUACUUUUUAUACGAUUUUCCGGAGGAAAAACUCAUCGAACAAUCGAAUUGCGCUGUGAUCACCACGAAACGUCCUCUUAUAUGCGUGUAUGCUUAUGUAUGUAUGCAUGAUCGUAUGACUUUGUGCGUGCGUGCGCUAGAAAAUCCCCUUUCCCCACGAUUCGUCGGAAAUCGCGACUGAUGUAUCGAAUCGUUCCACUGCCACUCGUGAAAGCAUCGAUUAGGUGAUGUUAAUUGUUCAACGAUAAUACGAGUAUUAUAUUGAAGGAUGAUCGAGGAAGACUGAAGCUAGGAAGUAGAAAAAUGAGGUAGCAGUUGGUUUCAGAGUUUAAUAGGGCUUAGAUAUAGUUAUUUUUAGUUUUGGAAGCUAAAGAUUUCGAAAUAAACAAAAUUAACCCGAAACGACGAUGCUUUAUUUCGAAAUCUAACAACGUUUCGUGUUCUUUCGCUGUUAGUAUAGUCGGACAAUUUGUCGGGAAAUUAAGCUUCGCGAACAGAACAAACUGGCAUGCGAAUUUCCCGAUGAAUCAAAUACGAAACCAAUGAAGAAAGAAUUAAUAGAAUUAGAAAUUAGAUUAAAGAUCGAAAUAGAGUUCUAGUAAUUUUGCCGAAAUUCAGAUCAGCUCCAUUUUGCUAUUAGUAAAGUCGCGCGAAAGCGAUGCCUUAAUCAAAUAACGAAUAAUCAGAAGUCGCUUCGCUGAAAGAGAGAGAGAGAGAGAGAGAGAGAGACACGCAAGAACCGUCGAGCAGAGAGGAGAAGCGAACGCGAACGUCGUCGUUAAUUCGCGCGAAUUUUGCCUCGCGAUUCAUGCCAACCAAGAGUGAUUAAAAGAAAGUUCAGAAAAUAAAAGAACCACAAUCGAGGAAUAAAGCAUUCGAAAAUACGAAGUAAGAAGAUCGAACACUUUUCACGAGAUAUCCCGAGGGAGAAGGCGCGCAAAGAAAAAAGAAAGAAAGGGAAUGGACGACAUAACCAGUUCUUACUAUACAAUUUCCAAAAGUAAAUUACUGCGUAUAAUUGAAUUACAAUACUUAUCACUGCCAAUACUAUUAGUAAAUUAACACCCGCAGAAAGAAAUGAAAAACAGCUACUUCACUCAACUAAUUACAUUAUUAACUAUUAACUACUGCUAUUACCAUUACUACUAUAUUACAUUUUACUACCGCUACUACCACUACUAUUGUUACAAUUACUAUUGCUGCUACUACUAUCACUACUACUAUUACUCUAUUAUUACUAUUACUGAAUUAUUCUACCGUCGUCGCUACUAACGCUAUUUACAAUCAUUACUGUAAUACUAACAAUAAGCGUGCUAAUUACCAAAGCACGCGCGAUCCGUGAGAAAUAAACGAGAAACAUAACUUUACGUAAUAAAUUUGUUUUCAAACUGAAUUUUGCUGUCUAUCGUGCGUUUAUACGACGGACGAUAAAACAAAGAAGAGGAAAAAUAAUAGAGGGAGAUCGAGAGAAUUUUUCGUAAAAUAAUAGCAUGCUAAAUAAACGCAAGUAUCCGAAACAAGAUUAUUGAUAAAACAAAAAGAACAAGAAUCAUUAUAUUAUACAAAAAAAACUUUUAACAUACUGCCAAUCGAACGGAGUGUUUUAAGUAAAAACGCGAGAAUACGUAGGUGUACAUAAACGUACGUUUCUUUUUUUCCUGCGAUACGUAUAAAUAUUAUGAUAAAUCUAUACGUAAGUGUACAUAGCCAAUGAGCGAAAAAAAUAAAGAGAGAGAGAAAAAGCGAGAAAAUGAAGAAACGAGUGAAUGAAAUAAUUGAAUCGAUAAAUUUGAGAAGCGAGGUAAUUCGGUCAAUACGAUAAGUCGCUAGACAAUCCUUCUUCGUGAAGUAUUUCAUUCACGUUUCGCUACUUUUAUAUUUAUUUGUGUUUAACUGUCAAAAAUGGCUAUGUGGCGUUUUAAAAGAAAAUUGGAAAAAAAAACAGGACUGACUUACUUCAUUUCUUAAAUGAUUCGAUCGAUUUCCGUCGCGUACUACUUCGUGCUUGUUUGCGUAAAUUUUCGUAUCGGCUAAGUCUAAAUGAACAAGAAUACUGCCAUUAUGUAAUGACAUUAAUUAACGUAAGUAGCUAAUUCGAAAAAAAAUGUGUGUACGUAAAUGAGAAAUUUACGUGGGAGAAAGAAUGAGGAGAAGUGAAAAGAGAAGAAGAACAUGACUGAUUUUCCAGCGUGAUCGGCAUAUAAAGAUCCUUGGCGAAUGGACGGGCGUUAAUCAUCGAACUUGUUUGUAUUAUUCAGCGAUUAAAAAUUCAACAAUAUAUAAUAAUAAGAUCAACUUUUCCGAAGAGAAGACUACAGACUUAUCCAAUCGCUUCAUUAUAUUGUCUAAUAUACGUAUACAGAGUGUCCCACAACCACCAAACAAUAAUAACGUAUUCUGGAGGUAAAGUAGAGUAAAAAAAUUCUGAUACAAAAAUGUCGAGACUAGAAUAGUUUUUAAAUUAUAACAAAUCAGAGAUAACCAGUAAUAUCGCAAAGAACUCAGUAGCUCAGACCCGUAGCUGUACAGCACGCUGAUCGAUUUAUCAUUUGUUGAUUUUACUACACUGCUGAUUCCUAAGAACAUAAUAAAUUUCUCUUCAGAGAUCGCAGAUUCUUUGAUAAAUUUAAAAUUCACCUUUAAAAAAUUUUAUGAUGUAUCUAGUCGCAAAAUAAUUUAAUGUGAAAAAUUCAUUUAAUAAUUAAAAUGCGAGAGGAUAAGUAUACAACAUUAAGUUACUUAUACAUUUUAAAGAUCCUGAAUUUGAACUCAACAAAAUUUGUGUUCCGCACUGAAUUAACUGAGCUGCUGAAAAUUUUUAUAUCCAAAAAUCGAAACGCACGCGUGCCACGAUUGUAUGUUUCAUUUUUCUUCUUCAAAAAGUUAAAUACACGUUGUACACGUGGGAACGUACAUCUGCCAACGAUAAAUUAUAUGAUGUGCUGAGAAAAUAAGAGAAAAGGAGAAAACGAGAAGAGAGAGAGAGAGAGAGAGAGAGAGAGAGAGAAAUAUGUGUGUUAAUGUAUUAUAGAAAGAAAAAAAUAUUUAUCAUAAUUCUUUAAAGCUCUUGAAAAUAUCGUUAUUUGGAAAAAUGUGUGUAAAUGAGAGAGAAAGAGAAAGAAUAAGUGUACAUGCAAAAAUAUGAAAACAAGAAAGAAAGAAAAGGAAAAAUAGAUAGCAACAGGGAGAAUGUAAAAAACAUAAAUACGCAUCAUUAUUGAUGUACUAUGCGCGAGAAGCGGAAAGCCUAUCUUAUAUAUAAAUAUUAUACAUAUAUACACACAUAUAGCCAGUUCGAUUUGCAAACUUAAUAUAUAUCGGUGCUUCGAAAAUGCUCAUUACUCGCCAGAAUCCAAGUGAAGAAACCUAACAACCGAUAUUUCAAGUUGUCUUUUUUUAAGGAAAAAACUAAAUAAAAUAAUAAAAUAAUGUGUUAAAAUA